GUCAACAGGAUCUUGAUCUCGUUCUCUCAUCUGUUAUGCUUUGAAGUGCAUACCACUAUGUAACAUGAUUUCCUGACACCUCGUAGGUAGUUAUAUUCUCUCAAUACGAUGGGUCACGGCAGAUCGGAAAUCGGAUCAGUCUGAAACGAUACACUAUGCUGUAUGUGCGUCACGAACCCACAGCAAUGCGGACUGACUCUGGCAGAUCCUAAGACUAUUGUAGUUGAUUGGUUGUCGUGCUACGCAUCUGCUAUAGAUUCUGAGGAUCCUCUGGCAGUCGCCGAUACCUUCCUUCCUGAAGGUUGGUUUCGUGACGUCCUUACAUUCACCUGGGAUCUUCGCGCACUAGACGGUCGAGGCAAGAUUGCCAGUUACCUCACUAAUGGGCUUGCUGCAGCUGGAAUAUCAGAGCUCAAGCUGGAUGAACGACUUCACCUUAGACCUCGAUGGAAUGCCUUUUCUCCAAGACAGGGUCAAGGUGUCGAGGGUGCGUUCACCUUCCAGACACCGAGUGCUCAUGGACGCGGGUAUGUUCAUCUGUUAAAGGAUGUCGAUAAUGAAUGGAAGGCAUGGGCGGUAUGCAUGACGCUUGACGAUCUGAAGGGUCACGAAGAAGUACGGUUUGAAUCCACCCGUGCAUUUGAAGGGCAUGCCAUGACCUGGAGUGACGUUUUAGUCCAAAGACGUGCAAAGAUUGAACGAGAUCCACACGUAUUGAUCGUCGGCGGAGGUCAUGUUGGCUUAUGCAUGGCCGCACGCUUCAAACAGAUGGAUAUCCCAGCCUUGGUACUUGAAAGGAAUGCUCGAAUUGGCGAUAAUUGGCGGAAGCGCUAUCCUUCAGUCACGCUGCAGACACCAAGGUCUCACCAUGAAAUGUUGUAUGCACCAUUCCCAACGACCUGGCCACUGUACACUCCUCGUGACAAGCUCGCAGAUUGGUUGGAGGACUAUGCCAAUCAACAGGAUCUCGUCACCUGGACGAACUCGUCGAUCAAAGGCAAACCGAUCUACCACGAAGGAUUAGGGAGGUGGGAGGUGUCAAUCGAUCACGAAGGGAUUCCGAAAGUCCUUCAUCCGACUCAUAUGGUACUAGCCACCGGACAACUUGGGGAGCCUUACAUGCCACCCUUGAAAGACACGCACAGGUUCCAGGGCGAGAUAUUACAUGGAAUUCACUGUCAAAGAGCUCAAGCGUACACCGGAAAGAAAGUAGUCGUCGUUGGCGCAGGUAACACCGCUAUAGACAUCUGCCAAGAUUUAUGUGCACACAGAGCUGCUUCCGUUACCAUGAUUCAGCGAUCUUCCACCUGCGUAAUCUCACAAGAGGCACUGGAGAAAUUCGCUUUACAAGUAUAUCCUCUCGACAUACCUCAGGAAGUAUCCGAUUUCAGAUUCAGCUCAAUACCCGUGGGUUUGAGAAAGAAGGUGGCCCAAGGCAUGCAGCAGGAGAUGUGGGAGAUAGACAAGGAAGUACACGAUAAGCUCAGAAAGGGUGGACUCAGUUUGUCAAUGGGUCCUGAAGGCCAAGGAGCGGCUUUACUUGGGUAUGAACGAGUGGGUGGCUAUUGGCUUGAUUUGGGCGGAGCCGACCUCAUAGCAAGUGGAGCUAUCAAAGUCAAGCAAGGCAUCGAGCCAGUUGGAUUUACUGAACAUACCCUCAUCCUCUCAGACGGGUCAGAGAUAGAAGCUGACGCUGUUAUUAUGGCAUGCGGUUUCCACGAAAUACGGGAAGUUAACAAGAAGUUGUUCGGUGAAAAUAUCAUCAACCGUACGAGGGAGGUAUUUGGGAUUGACAAGGAGGGAGAGUCCAAAGGAGCCUAUAGACCAAGUGGUCAUCCCGGCCUCUGGUUCGCAACUGGUGAUUUUUGGGUAGCUCGUUCCUUCUCGAAGCCUUUGGCCAUUCAAAUCAAAUCAAUCGAGCUCAGACUCACGAAAUAGGAUCUACUUUACAGUGAUGGUGUCGUGGCAAUCUUACCUAAACGAUACAUGACACCAAGGACUCCUUUGGACAACAGACUUCAUAUCUAUGGACGAGAAGGCGAAUAGUUUCAUCGGGACCCUAGUCGGUCGCAUUGCGCUUCAGCUGGACUUGUCAAAGAGCUCGAAUGUAGGUUCAGCUGCAUUGAAUUGUUUCUUGAUAAUAUCAACUUUGGCUGUGCUUCGUGGAGUGAUAUCACAUUUGAAUGGCUUCGGAGUCAGGAAUAAGCCCUAUGUCCAGCAUUGUGAAGGUCGUUCAAUAAUUAUGAAAACAGUAGACACUUACAUCCGUGGUAUCAUCUUCGUCUGGAGGAAUCGAGUUUCCCGUCACUGGAU